AGGCUCUUCCUACUCCUUAAUCAUGUGAUAUGACAUCACUGCAUGGUUACCACAGAAACCAGGGCUCACUGCAGAUGGUUGACAGCCAGUCAGGUGAGUGAGGAUGGGAUUGCCCAUAACAACUACUAGGAGGAAACUGUUGCCAAAGCAUAAUUAGAUAAUUGCGGGUGGGUGGGUUGAAUAAAGUUCUGGUGUUAGUGCGUAAUCCUAAACGUUAGGGCCUAACUGUACGCACGCCAAAUUGCCUACACAGCAAUCGCCAAAUGCUUUUGGGAACGGGCAGAAAAAGUUAACAUCAAUCCACAGAGGCAAAAAGGACAAUGUCGGAGUUUAAUUCAAUAAGAGAAAAGCUGCAAAAUGGAGAGUUGAAAAUAAAGAGAAGGGAGGGCCAUAAAAGUAAUGUUUGGGAAAGAUUUGGUGAAGUGGUAAAAGAGCAUGAUAGCAGUGCCAGCUGCUAUCAUCCUAUGUUAUGUGUGAUGAUUGUGAGAUGCUAUACAAAUUCGACAGUCACAAGACGGGGACUUCAAAUAGGCCUAUGGAACGUCAAGGGAACUGUAGGCUACUGUUCAGAUGGGUUAAAUGGAAACUGAAGUCAGAACACUGACUGUAGGUCUAUAACCUCUCACUUAGCCUUAAUAUGAACUCCUGCAGAAUUAAGCAUUUCUUGCAGUAAAAUGAUACACCAAAUGUAGGCAACAUUUUGACUCUGGAACAGGAGUGGAUAAUUAUUAUUCCUUUCUUUCAGCGUCUUGAGAGAAGGCGAAUCCGCAGUUAGAUACCUGCUUUAGAGGUACUAUCUUUAUUAUCAUCAUAAAAGCUGAUAGUAUUUCAACCACACAAAUGAUUUCAAGCCAAACUGAAAUCUUAUCAGAAACAUGUUACCCAAGAAAGCAAAGGUAACUGAACUAAAUGACUAUCGCCCCGUAGCACUCACUUCUGUCAUCAUGAAGUGCUUUGAGAGACUAGUCAAGGAUCAUAUCGGUAUUUGCUUACCGCCCCAAUAGAUCCACAGACGAUGUAAUCGCCAUCACACUGCACACUACCCUAUCCCAUCUGGACAAGAGGAAUACCUAUGUAAGAAUGCUGUUCAUUGACUAUAGCUCAGCAUUCAACACCAUAGUACCCUCCAAGCUCAUCAUUAAGCUCGAGGCCCUGGGUCUGAACCCCGCCCUGUGCAACUGGGUCCUGGACUUCCUGACGGGCCGCCCCCAGGUGGUGAAGGUAGGAAACAACACCUCCACUUAGCUGAUCCUCAACACAGGGGCCCCACAAGAGUGCGUGCUCAGCCCCCUCCUGUACUCCCGGUUCACCCAUGACUGCGUGGCCAAGCACGCCACCAACUCAAUCAUCAAGUUUGCAGACGACACAACAGUAGUAGCUUGAUUACCAACAAUGACGAGACAGCCUACAGGGAGGUGGUGAGGGCUCUGGGAGUGUGGUGCCAGGAAAAUAACCUCUCACUCAACAUCAACAAAACAAAGGAGAUGAUCGUGGACAGCAGAGGGAACACCCCCCUAUCCACAUUGACGGGACCACCGUGGAGAAGGUUCAAGUUCCUCGGCGUACACAUCACUGACAAACUGAAAUGGUCCACCCACACAGACAGUGUGGUGAAGAAGGCACAACAGUGCCUCUUCAGCCUCAGGAGGCUGAAUAAAUUUGGCUUGGCACCUAAAACCCUCAAACUUUUACAGAUAACUGCACCGCCCGCAACCGCAGGGCUCUCCAGAGGGUGGUGCGGUCUACCCAACGCAUCACCGGGGGCAAACUACCAGCCCUCCAGGACACCUACAGCACCCGAUGUCACAGGAAGGCCAAAAAGAUCAUAAAGGACAACAACCACCCGAGCCACUGCCUGUUCACCCCGCUAUCAUCCAGAAAGCGAGGUCAGUACAGGUGCAUCAAAGCUGGGACAUUGCUCGUCCAUAUAUUUAUUUAUAUAUUCUUAAUUCCAUUGCUUUACUUAAUUUUGUGUGUAUUGGGUAUAUGUUGUGAAAUUGUUAGAUAUUACUGCACUGUCGGAGCUAGAAACUCAAGCAUUUUGCUACACCCGCAAUAACAUCUGCUAAACACGUAUGUGACCAAUAACAUUUUAUUUUAUUUAUAUCGUUUUCACAGCGUUUUAUUUCCUUACAACCGGUCAAACUGAUGUGAUUUGGAAAUAUUGCACAGAAAUUACUUUUUUUAUUGCAUUUUCUCCCUGGUCCCUAAACGUCUUUGCUCCACAAAAGAAGCAGAGAUGACAGAACUUUACAGAUGUCAACUAGCAUUCAUUCUAUCGAUUUAUGAUGUUAUUCUGGUGAGCAAGAGUUUAUUUAGUAUUCUAGGGCAACAUAUCAUUUUUUUUUAUGUAACCUUUAUUUAAACAGUCACAUUGAGAUUAAAAAUCUAUUUUUCAAGAGAGCCCUGUAUACAUUACAUGUAUUGCGGAAUGGUAGACUGUGUCCAAGGGUUUCAAAACAGUGGUUGCUGCAUGCAUGUAAACAAUAUCACCAAAAUCCAAUACAGGGAGAAGCAUUGUUUGAACAAUCUUUCUCCUAUUUUCAAUACUGAGGCAUGAUUUAUUUAGAUAUAAAAAAAACAAUCUUGGAUCUUAGCUUCUUAGUUCGAUUUUCUAUAUGCGUUUACGAACUUACAACUUGUCAUCAAUCCAGACACCCAGGUACUUGUAUUGAGAAACAAGUUCAAUUUGGGCUCCAUUUGUAGCGCAAAUAUGUAGGUCCUCAGGGUCAAGAUUUUGUGACCUAGAGAACAGCAUGAGCUUGGUUAUACUUGUAUUUAACACUAAUUUAAGAUCUGUAAGUGAUUUCUGAAUCAAAGUCAUGCUGAAGUUCACGAAUGGCCUGCUGCACUGAGUUGGCACAGGAAUACAAAACUGUGUCAUCUGCAUAGAGAUGAAUGUUACAAGUAUUAACAAUGUUUCUUAUGUCAUUAAUAUACAAGGUGAACAAUAAUGGACCCAAAAUCGAACCCUGAGGAACACCUUUUUGAGUCUCAAGAAAUUCAGAGUUCUGUUGCUAAGAUCAUUCUAAAACCAUAAACAGGCUGUAUAUUCCAGGCCUGUUCUUGAUAACUUCUUCCAGUAAAACAGAAUGAUCAGCAGUGUCGAAUGCCUUUGACAGGUCAAUAAACAAGGCAGCACAGCUCUUUUUAGCAUCCAAGGCAUUGACAAGAUCAUUAACAACUAGCGUGGUUGCUGUGGUAGUACUAUGCCCAGGCUUAAACCCUGAUUGGUUUAUAUUAAAAAUACAAUUAACCAAGUUGUACAUUAACCAAGGAUUCAAGAAUCUUAGCUAAACAAGGUGGUCUUGAAAUGGGGCGAUAGUUGUCAAGAUCAUUUGUAUCCCCACCCUUAUGGAGUGGCAGCACAUAUGCAGAUUUCCAUGCUUUUGGAAUACUUCCUGAUAACAAUGUUAAAUUAAAGAUGUGGGCUACCGAGCCAGCAAUAAAGGGAGCUGCACACUUAAGCAGACCAGGCUCCAAAUGAUCAGCCCCUGUGGAUUUGUUUUUGGUCUAAUGUUAGCAAAGCAUCCAGGACUUCUUUAUUAGUGAAUUUCUGAAAAUAAAACUCCUGACCAGCAUUUUCAGUAUCAUUCAAUAGAUUUUCACCAUCAACAUCCAAACUACUAUUUUCAAGAGCUGGCUUUGAAAUACAUUCAAAUAUACAGUGGGGAAAAAAAGUAUUUAGUCAGCCACCAAUUGUGCAAGUUCUCCCACUUAAAAAGAUGAGAGGCCUGUAAUUUUCAUCAUAGGUACACGUCAACUAUGACAGACAAAAUGAGAUUUUUUUUUCCCAGAAAAUCACAUUGUAGGAUUUUUUAUGAAUUUAUUUGCAAAUUAUGGUGGAAAAUAAGUAUUUGGUCAAUAACAAAAGUUUCUCAAUACUUUGUUAUAUACCCUUUGUUGGCAAUGACACAGGUCAAACGUUUUCUGUAAGUCUUCACAAGGUUUUCACACACUGUUGCUGGUAUUUUGGCCCAUUCCUCCAUGCAGAUCUCCUCUAGAGCAGUGAUGUUUUGGGGCUGUCGCUGGGCAACACGGACUUUCAACUCCCUCCAAAGAUUUUCUAUGGGGUUGAGAUCUGGAGACUGGCUAGGCCACUCCAGGACCUUAAUGCUUCUUACGAAGCCACUCCUUCGUUGCCAGGGCGGUGUGUUUGGGAUCAUUGUCAUGCUGAAAGACCCAGCCACGUUUCAUCUUCAAUGCCCUUGCUGAUGGAAGGAGGUUUUCACUCAAAAUCUCACGAUACAUGGCCCCAUUCAUUCUUUCCUUUACACGGAUCAGUCGUCCUGGUCCCUUUGCAGAAAAACAGCCCCAAAGCAUGAUGUUUCCACCCCCAUGCUUCACAGUAGGUAUGGUGUUAUUUGGAUGCAACUCAGCAUUCUUUGUCCUCCAAACACGACGAGUUGAGUUUUUACCAAAAAGUUAUAUUUUGGUUUCAUCUGACCAUAUGACAUUCUCCCAAUCCUCUUCUGGAUCAUCCAAAUGCACUCUAGCAAACUUCAGACGGGCCUGGACAUGUACUGGCUUAAGCAGGGGGACACGUCUGGCACUGCAGGAUUUGAGUCCCUGGCGGCGUAGUGUGUUACUGAUGGUAGGCUUUGUUACUUUGGUCCCAGCUCUCUGCAGGUCAUUCACUAGGUCCCCCCGUGUGGUUCUGGGAUUUUUGCUCACUGUUCUUGUGAUCAUUUUGACCCCACGGGGUGAGAUCUUGCGUGGAGCCCCAGAUCGAGGGAGAUUAUCAGUGGUCUUGUAUGUCUUCCAUUUCCUAAUAAUUGCUCCCACAGUUGAUUUCUUCAAACCAAGCUGCUUACCUAUUGCAGAUUCAGUCUUCCCAGCCUGGUGCAGGUCUACCAUUUUGUUUCUGGUGUCCUUUGACAGCUCUUUGGUCUUGGCCAUAGUGGAGUUUGGAGUGUGACUGUUUGAGGUUGUGGACAGGUGUCUUUUAUACUGUUAACAAGUUCAAACAGGUGCCAUUAAUACAGGUAACGAGUGGAGGACAGAGGAGCCUCUUAAAGAAGAAGUUACAGGUCUGUGAGAGCCAGAAAUCUUGCUUGUUUGUAGGUGACCAAAUACUUAUUUUCCACCAUAAUUUGCAAAUAAAUUCAUUAAAAAUCCUACAAUGUGAUUUUCUGGAUUUUUUUCUCAAUUUGUCUGUCAUAGUUGACGUGUACCUAUGAUGAAAAUUACAGGCCUCUCUCAUCUUUUUAAGUGGGAGAACUUGCACAAUUGGUGGCUGACUAAAUACUUUUUUCCCCCACUGUAUAGCCCGCAGAGAUAAAGUAGUGAUUAAAUGCAUUAAUGAUAUACAUUUUGUCAGUAAUAGUGCCAGAAUCUAAAUUAAUUUAUUGGGUGAGAGAAGAGGAGACACAACCCUUCAGUGACGUAACAGCUUUCCAAAAUGUAGCUGUGUUCCCUGUACAUUCAGAUAGUGUAUUAACAUAAUAAUCUGAUUUAGCUUUUUAAACUAGUUUUACACACAGAUUUCUCAAUCGCCUGAAAGACUGCCAGUCUGGGCCCGAGUCUGUGAAUCUAGCUUUGGCCCAGGCAGCAUCUCUGUUGUGUAUGACUUCAGAUAGCUCUGGACUGAACCAAGGGCAAGACCUAUUUUUAAUUCUCAGUUUAAAGGGAGCAUGUUUAUCUACAAUACAAUUGAAAACAUUUGAGAAGUGGUUCAGAGCCAACUCUGGGUCAGGUAUAGAUGUAAUACAAUCAAAGUCACCAAAAUAAAGCUCACAAAAAAAGGCCUGUUCAUUCAAAUUCCUCUCGUUGAGAAAACAAGGUUUGGAUCUAGGCAUCCAUAUAUCCCUGACACAUACAAUGGGACAGUGGUCACUAAUAUCCUAAGCAAAUAUCCCACUCCCAGCAUAGUUCUCUGGAGUAUUUGUAAAUAUGAGGUCAAUCAACGUCGAUUUCGUAGGGUCCUUUAAGUUUGGACGAGAAGGCUUUGUAAUCAACUGGGUCAAAUUUAGAUUGGUACAAAAAUCCUUCAACCUCUAUGGGAUCGGUGUCCCGUAUACGGGACGGUUGAGCUAACGUGCGCUAAUGUGAUUAGUAUGACUGUUGUAAGUAACAGCAAACUUUCCAGGACAAAGACAUGUCUUAUACAGUGGCUUGCGAAAGUAUUCACUCCCCUUGGCAUUUUUCCUAUUUUGUUGCCUUACAACCUGGAAUUAAAAUGGAUUUUGGGGGGGUUUGUAUCAUUUGAUUUACACAACAUGCAUACCACUUUAAAGAUGCAAAAUAUUUUUUGUUGUGAAACAAACAAGAAAUAAGACAAAACAGAACUUGAGCGUACAUAACUAUUCACCCCCCAAAGUCAAUACUUUGUAGAGCCACCUUUUGCAGCAAUUACAGCUGCAAGUCUCUUGGGGUAUGUCUCUAUAAGCUUGGCACAUCUAGCCACUGGGAUUUUUGCCCAUUCUUCAAGGAAAAACUGCUCCAGCUCCUUCAAGUUGGAUUGGUUCCGCUGUUGUACAGCAAUCUUUGUCAUACCACAUAUUCUCAAUUGGAUUGAGGUCUGGGCUUUGACUAGGCCGUUCCAAGACAUUUAAAUGUUUCCCCUUAAACCACUCAAGUGUUGCUUUAGCAGUAUGCUUAGGGUCAUUGUCCUGCUGGAAGGUGAACCUCCGUCCCAGUCUCAAAUCUCUGGAAGACUGAAACAGGUUUCCCUCAAGAAUUUCCCUGUAUUUAGCGCCAUCUAUGACCAGUUUCCCAGUCCCUGCCGAUGAAAAACAUGGUGUUCUCGGGGUGAUGAGAGGUGUUGGGUUUGCGCCAGACAUAGCGUUUUCCUUGAUGGCCAAAAAGCUCAAUUUUAGUCUCAUCUGACCAGAGUACCUUCUUCCAUAUGUUUGGGGAGUCUCCCACAUGCCUUUUGGCGAACACCAAACGUGUUUGCUUAUUUCUUUCUUUAAGCAACUUUUUCUGGCCACUCUUCCUUAAAGCCCAGGUCUGUGGAGUGUACGGCUUAAAGUGAUCCUAUGGACAGAUACUCCAAUCUCCGCUGUGGCGCUUUGCAGCUCCUUCAGGGUUAUCUUUGGUCUCUUUGCUGCCUCUCUGAUUAAUGCCUUCCUUGCCUGGUCCAAUAUAGCUUUUUGGUCUAAACUCCACUCGCCCGUAUUGAGGGGAGGAUGGAUGGGGCCAUGUAUCGCGAGAUCUUGGCCAACAACCUCCUUCCCUCAGUAAGAGCAUUGAAGAUGGGUCGUGGCUGGGUCUUCCAGCAUGACAACGACCCGAAACACACAGCCAGGGCAACUAAGGAGUGGCUCCGUAAGAAGCAUCUCAAGGUCCUGGAGUGGCCUAGCCAGUCUCCAGACCUGAACCCAAUAGAAAAUAUUUGGAGGGAGCUGAAAGUCCGUAUUGCCCAGCGACAGCCCCGAAACCUGAAGGAUCUGGAGAAGGUCUGUAUGGAGGAGUGGGCCAAAAUCCCUGCUGCAGUGUGCGCAAACCUGGUCAAGACCUACAGGAAACGUAUGAUCUCUGUAAUUGCAAACAAAGGUUUCUGUACCAAAUAUUAAGUUCUGCUUUUCUGAUGUAUCAAAUACUUAUGUCAUGCAAUAAAAUGCAAAUUAAUUACUGAAAAAUCAUACAAUGUAAUUUUCUGGAUUUUUGUUUUAGAUUCCGUCUCUCACAGUUGAAGUGUACCUAUGAUAAAAAUUACAGACCUCUACAUGCUUUGUAAGUAGGAAAACCUGCAAAAUUGGCAGUGUAUCAAAUACUUGUUCUCCCCACUGUAUAUAUAUAUAUAUGUGUGUGUGUGUGUGUGUGUGUAUAUUUUAUUUAUUUAUUUAUUUAUUUAUUUGUGGGGAAAAACAUAUUGGGGAUUGGAAGUGAUGCAGACAAUUACAUUGAUGGAAGUUACAAUCUAUCUGCAAUAUUAAAGCUGAUCUACCCACUAAAUUAAAACAAAAUACAAAAUUUCCCCAAAAAAUGCGGGUGGGUGUGGGUGAACAAAAAGCUGACCCGCGCACUACUACUGUGCGUUCCUCUCUCACCCUAGGCGAGCAGUCAAUAUGUUACAGAGUAGCCUAACUCAAGAGAAGAACAUGUGGAAUACAUUAUCAGAUCUGCAGGAGCCCACCAAAAAUAUCUACUUGUUGAAGUUGUUGCUCUCCCUUUUCAUGAGGGAACAUCUGGUUUGACUGUGUUUAUAGUUAUUACAUACUUAUCCCUUAUGUACAACCACAAGACAUCUCUCAAGUGAUCACAAUUCUCUGAUAACCAGUCACAAUAGGAGUCUAUCAAGUUUAGAGAUACUUUUAGUGGGGGUGGAGCAGAAUAUCUAAUUACUCAUUGUUUUUCAAUGGAAUUCUCAUUUUACUGCCAUAGGUCAGACCUGUCCUGCAUUACAACACUGACUCAAUGGACAAGACAACAAUGCGACUCCUAGGAGAGUGAGCCUUCCUGCCUCUGCCUCUCUGUUACUGCUGUCUGAUGCAGCUCUGUAAUCUUCAGAUUACUGUUGAUCCUCAAAACAACCACCAGACAGUCAUUGAGUUGUCAGGAUUUCUGCUGUCUCACCUGUAGAAGUAGUCAGAGGUUCGCUAGCUAUGCUGCCAAUGAACUGAACCCUUCCCAUAUCCAGGGAACUGAACCCUCCAGAGGAGAUGUAUCUCUCUCUCUCCCCCUGGCUGAGGCCUGCCAUACUGAUGAAUGGCCUCUGUUUUAACUGCACAUCUGCUUCUAGAGCAGCCAGCCACAUCUGUGUGCAUGACGCCUCCCAAGGUAAAGUCCAGAGUAAUGCCCAGAUAGUGGAAGUAAAGUCUGCCUUGGUUCUCCCAUGUUCCUGAUUUUAAAGGCACCAGUCCUAGUACAGUCAUUGCAUUUCAUCAGAGAGAGAAGUGGCAGUAGGACUCACUGAGUAGUAUAGAUUAUUUAUUGAACUUGGUUUAUGGUUUUACUGCUAGAAGUACAGUUAAUGGCCAAGGUUGCUGAUAGAUAUUUGUACAUUCCUCUCUAGGCGUUUAUCACAAGGAUGGCUGCACAAGUGGAGGUACAGACUGGGGAGGUGGGAAGGACGGGUGUAGGGGGGCGACUGCACCUCAGCCCUCUGGCUGACUCCAGCAACAAGAGCCUAACAGAGGGCCCCUCCAACACCCAGGGCUCCCUCAUCAUCACUCCAGAGCCCAGUAAGCCUGUCCCUGCACCCAAACCACGGCUCACUCCCAAACCUUUCGCUGUGGAGAAAACCCCCACCAUCCGGCCCAUACUUGCUCCUAAGCCUAAUACCAAGCCCCGACCAGAGCCCACUCGCCUUACUUCUUACAAACCUGACCCUCCCAGUGGUCCAAAACCUCAGCAGCCGAAUGUCACCAGCAAACACAGGCCAGUGUCGACCAACCACAGCCGUCCUGCUCCUACCUCCUACAAACCCUCUCCCAAGUUGAGCAUGGGACAAACCACCAGGUCUGUAGCCCAGCCCUUCAAACCCACCCCUCUAACCCCUGGGGACCCCAGCAAACCAACUCCUUCCCAACCGGUGGGGCGUCAGAAGCCAGCUGCGGCAGGCUUGUCCCACUCACAAGGCCCUAAGAAACCCCCUUCAGCAGAAUGGUCCGGAUCCACCAAACAGGAGAAGGAAUGUGGCAAAACAGCAUCUAGUAUCAGAGCUGGAGGAGCCUCUCUGACCAGAGCCAAGUCAAUGGGCUUCCUCCGUCAGAUAGGGCUAGAGGGGGAGGAGAGGAAGGGGGAUGAAGGGCCAGAGGUCACAGUCCAACUCCGACCCCAGUCUACAGGCUCCAGACCCAGACCUGUGUCGGCCAUCUUCCUGCCCUCUCCCACUCAGCUGGAGUCGUCCACCCCAGCUGAUCGCUGGGUAGGGAGACGGCCCCUUUCAGCCGACCUCACCUCCAAGUUUGAGUCCAUUGGCCUGUCGCUGCACCGCGGCCAUCCUGCCAAGACCGGCAGCAAGGAAAACACUCCAGAGGAGGGGGCACUGCUACGGAGGAGGGAGAAGGAAGCAGAGGGGACCGCUGCUACACCACCGGCCCCAGACAGUAAGCCUUCAGCCCUAGCACGAGGGAGCGAGAAGAAAAAAGAGGAAGUGAAGGAUGAGGGAAAGGGUGGAGGAAGCAUUAAGAGACGGAUCAGUCUCUUGCUUGAUUCCUCCUCUCCUGUAGUUCCUCUCUGUGUUGCUGCUCAAGGACUGGAGCCUCACUCUCCAGUGCAGCCAGUCCCAGAGGUAGAUGUACCACUGGGUGGUGUUAAACAGCGAAUCAAGAAGCUAACAAUAGAUACUGUUAUGCCACCUGCUCAGACCCCAGCUGUUAAACCACCGUUCAAGCCCCGCCCUCUGCCCCCUGACCUGACCAAAAGGUAGGAGCUCCUCACCACCUUCAGUCUGCCUGUUUUUGUCUCAGUCCUUUUAUGACUCUCCCAUUGUCAUUACCGGUCUUGUGGGAUAUGUGUGUUUCUCUUCAUCAGGUUUGGCUCUGAGAAGUCCACAGACCUCGGCAGUCCCUCCCCCAGUGAGGCGACAGACCGCCAUGAGAGUGACACUGAUCCUCAAAGGAGGGUAAGAGAGGUUGUGGAAUUUGCUUAGAUUAACAUAGGUGAUUUGGUCAAGGAUUGCAGUGAGCCUUGUGAGAAUUUCUCUAACUCCUGUGCCUACCAGGCAAACCCAGAGGAAACACUGCUGUCUUUAAUAGGCAAACAAUGAGGUUACAGUUAAAUCCUUGGUCCUCAGUGAACAAAGUAAUGUUGUCUAUUUUGCUGUAGAUAUAGAAUGAGAGCGAUUCCAGCAACUUACGAUUGCCUAAUCCAAGUAGAGUUUACUGCCCUGAAAGCAAAUGAUCAGAGAUGCAUUGAUGUAUAAAUUGAAUCAACCAACCAGUUAAAUGAUCUUGAUUGAGUAAAGAAGUGAAGUGCCUCUGUAACACCACUGGGGGACUUGUGAGUGCUUGUACUGUAUGUGCCCCAUCUUACAUUUACAUUCUAGUCAUUUAGCAGAUGCUCUUAUCCAGAGCCACUUACAGUUAGUGAGUGCAUAUAUUUUGUCUUGUUUUACAGUCACUUUGUUUGAUGAGCAACAUUUAAAGAUGGCAUUAACUUAGUUAAGGCUUUUCGAAUACAGUAUAUUUCUUUAUUUAUUUUAAUUGAAAAAGAACUAGUUUAGGUUUCUGACAUUUAAUGUAAUUAAUAUACAGUCGUUUCUGUGUUUGCCCCUAUAAGCCUAAAAGGCCUAAGCAAAAUAUCCAUUAUAAGGACUAUAUCCUGGGAAAAUUCUGAUUUGCACAAUAUUUUUCUCUGAAUCAGUCUUUGUCUUGGAGCAUAGAAGUGAAGAGAACGUCAGUGCCACAAAGGUACAAAGAGCUUUGAAAUCAAAGCCAGCGCAUUAGUCAUCUCUGGUGGUUCUCUGUGUGUCAUGAAACAUGCUGAGAGUGAAUCACUGGGAAAAGGUCAACACAGUGAGGCUUUGUUUACCACCUCAGCACCACACCCACUUUUAUGGGCCCAACAAAGAGGAGUGGGAUCCCCUUUCUGCCCAGACACAGUUGCCUCACUCAAUCAAUCACUUGUCUUUGUAUCACCCUCUCUUUUUCUCUGUCAUUAUAUAAUACUCUCUGCAAAUAAUACUAAGUUCAUGAUGAUCAUGCAGAAUCUGAAUAAACUUAGCCAAACUCUUUGAAUUACUUAAUUCUAGGGGCAGGACUCAGUCUUCAUCUUCAGUGACCAAAGAAAGGUGGAUGAAGACACCAGAGGGUCCAAAGAGCAGCCCACCCAGGCCUCUUCCGGCCCCUCAGCUGGAAGGACUGCGGCAUGGCGGGGGAUGGAGAUUGAGGCCCAGGAGAGCCACCCGAGCAGUGGGGUGCAGACUGUGCGAGCAGCCCUGUUUGAGAACGUGGUGGAGAGACACAGCGUGAUGGAGGAGGACAGGGCGCAGAGCAUCACAAAGAACUGUCCAAAGAGAAGUGUCUCUCUCAAACUGGGGGAUGGGGAGAACGGCGGCAGCCUGGUCACCUCCCCCUACCGCGAGCCUGUGUCCCCCUACCGCGAGCCUGUGUCCCCCUCCAGCCCGCUCCGUGUGGAGCACUUGUUUGACACGGUGCAGGCGGUGGGAGAGAGGAGAGCCGUUAGUGAGAGUCUCCCCUCGGCUCAGCUGGAAGACAAGGCCAUGACCCUCCGUUCCAGGCGUUCUGAGGGGAACAGGCCAGCUAGGGCUGAGCCAGUGGAGGAGAUAUCUGCUCAGGUCCAAGGAGACCUCAGUUCGGCUCAGAGGGGAGCACCAGCCUCCCAACAUGAACAGGGACCAUGCUACCUGAGGGUUGGAGCUCUGCAGAAGUGGAAUACCACUGAGGUGGAUAGGGGGGCAGAGGUAGAGAAAGGAAGGGAAAUGGAAAAGGAGAGACAAAUGGAGAGGGAGAGAAGGGAGGAGGAGAAAGAGAGGCAGAGGGAAGCAGAGAGGAGGAUGCAAAUAGAUGUAGAGAGGGAGAAGCCGAGAGAGCAGGACAGGGAGAGAGAGGAAGUGGCAGCACCGAAGCGGUUGAAAAUGCUGGAGGCAGAUGAGCAGCCACCCAAACCCAGGGCCACCUACUUUGCUCUGACUGGUCAGAUCCAGGAAGUCAUAUCCCAUGGGGAUGAGGGAACAGGGAGAGGGGACAUGGAAGUGCCCUUUGACGAUUUUUCUGUGAUGUCUGGACAAUGGGGUUCUCAAGGGAAGGUACAAAGGAACCCCUCUCUAGGCAAAGCUUUUGGGAAAAUCCCCCAAGGUCAAGAACAAGAAGAGGAACUGAUGGAAAGGAAGCAAACCCAGGAAAGGGGGAGAGGAAUGGCAUGGGACAGACAGACCGGGAUGGAGGAGAUGGAAAUAGAAAAACAGAAACAAGUAGACCUUGAGAAAGUAAGAGAAUUGGAGAGGGAGAAAGAACAGCAGAGGGAGAGAAAGGAGUUUGAGAGGGAGAUGGAGAUGGAGAGGGAGAGAAAGGAGGUUGAGAGGGAGAAACAGAGACAGCUGGAAAUGGAGAGACAGAAACAGUUAGAAUAUGCAAGAAAGAGAAAGAUGGAGAAGCAGAGAGAAUUAGAAAGGGAGAGACAAAAUGAGUUGGAAAAGGAGAGACGGAGAGACCUGGAGAGGGAGAGACGGAGAGACCUGGAGAGGGAGAGACAGCGAGAGCUGGAGAGGGAGAGACAGAGAGAGCUGGAGAGGGAGAGACAGCGAGAGCUGGAGAGGGAGAGACAGCGAGAGCUGGAGAGGGAGAGACAGCGAGAGCUGGAGAGGGAGAGACAGCGAGAGCUGGAGAGGGAGAGACAGCGAGAGCUGGAGAGGGAGAGACAGCGAGAGCUGGAGAGGGAGAGACAGCGAGAGCUGGAGAGGGAGAGACAGCGUGAGCUGGAGAGACAGAAAGAGUUUGAAAAGGAGAGGCAGAAACAGUUAGACUUAGAGAGACAGAAUAAGUUGGAGAGACAGAGGGUUGAAGAGUUGGAGAGAAUAAAAGAAAUGGAGAGAAGGCAACUGUUUAGGUUUGAAAAACAGAAGCAGGCUGAGAGAGAGAGACAACAGCUUCUGGAGCUUGAAAAGCAGAGACUGAGAGAGAAGAUGGAGAAAGAGGAGCAGGAGAAGAUGAGACAACAAGCAAUACAACAGGAGGUAGACAGACAGAGGGAGUUGGAGAGGGAGAGACAAAAAGAGUUGGGGAGAAAAGGGGAGCGUGAUCUGGAAAUACAAAGACAGAGAGAGUUGGAGAGGCAGAGACAGAAACAGUUUGACAUUAAGAGACAGGAGUUGGAAAACCAGAGGGAGAGACAGAGGGUAGAGGCAUUGGAGAGAAUAACAGACCUGGAGAGAAGACAACUGAUUGAGAAACAGAAACAGAAUGAGCGAGAGAGACAACAUCUUCAUGAGCUUGAAAAGCAGAGACUGAGGGAGAAGAUGGAGAAAGAGGAGCAGGAGAAGAUGAGACCGGUAGCUAGACAACAGGAGGAGAGACAGAGGAGAGAGAACCAGGAGAGGGGGGUGCUGGACUCCUUACCUCUCAGACCUAAAGUGCUGGAUCUAGACUCUGUGUCUCUGGGUGACCAGCACUCCAGAGGCAGUUCCCACUCCCCUGGUGUCCGAUGGAAGCAGCCCUCUCCCCGAGCAGAAGACCACUACAGGCCUGGCAUCCUGGACAUAGACUCAUUCAGGUCCCAGACCCAGAUGCAGCCCUCGCCCACUAGAGAGGUGUUCCCUAUCGCUGGCAUCAAGGGCUCAGACCCAGGUAGUGGGGUGAGAUCCCACACUCCAGAGAGGGAAGGUAGCCGUAGGGUGGGUGCAGUUGGGCGACCCAGCCCAGUGUGGGCCCCCUCUCAGCAGGAGCUGUGGGAGCAAAGGCUAGGCAUCGAUGAGGAAUCAGUGGAUAGGCCCAUGGCUGGACCAGAGCCACCCAGGAAGCCUGCCAAUAAACCCAGCCUGGAGCAGCUCCUCCACAGGCAGUUGGACAGGGUCACGGCCCCCAUCCUGGUCCCAGAGAGACGCUGGUCUGGUAUGCCCAGUGAACCAUCUUUCCCCAGGAGAGAGCCCCACAGCCUUGGGUCCCCCAUGGAGCAGACCUGGUUCCCCCAGGACUCUGAGCCCCAGGGGCACAUGGUAGAGGCCAGAGGACAGAGGAGAUCUCAGGGCUCCCAGGUAAGAAAAGUAUAUUAUAGAGAGACCUAGGCUAUAUGAGUGAAUGGCAUCUACAGAGCACAAAAUUCAGUGAAUUCAACCGCUAAUAAUGACUAAUCAAAAAAGGACCAUCGCGCUCUCCCCAAAAUUAGUUUGUUGCGUAAAACCCGCUGAUCCAGAUAGGUAAAAAAGAGUGAUGGGUCCGCACUCAAAAAAUACAUAGCAUAGAGCUUACUUACUCAUUUUUUGAUUUAUAUUGUUUUACUGCAUUAGGAGAAUAACAUACUCAGACAUUUCAGCUUUCGCCUUCUUCAGGGUAUAGGUUAAAAUCUUACAAUCAGGAACAACUUUUGCUUCUAAUCAGGUUAGUCAUCUGCCAAUCAGGGAUGGCUUCUCUCAUCUACCUGUAUCAGGGCUCUCCAACCCUGUUCCUGGAAAGCUACCCUACUGUAGGUUGUCACUCCAACCCCAGUUGUAAAUAACCUGAUUCAGCUUAUCAACCAGCUAAUUAUUAGAAUCAGUUGCGCUAGAUUAGGGUUGGAGUGACAACCUACAGGACGGUAGCUCUCCAGGAACAGGGUUGGAGAGCCCUGACCUGUAUACAUGUUACAAUCACAAAGAAAGUACAUGGGAGCGGGCACAGAAGGCAAUUGGGAGUAUCAGGGGUGAACCGUUCAAUAAUCAAUUGCCUUAGGUGUACUUUGAGUUAGCCCCACAUAUUUAUGAACAGCCUGGUGUCCUUUGUGGCAAGCUAUCUCAUAAAUUGAAAUAAGGUAUACCCAAGUAAGCAGACACCUAAGGCAAUUAAAUUGAUUAUUGAACGGUUCACGCCUGUAUGUGGACACCCCUUCGAAUUAGUGGAUUUGGCUAUUUCAGCUACACCUAUUGCUGACAGGUGUAUAAAAUCGAGCACACAGCCAUGCAAUCUCCAUUGACAAACAUUGGCAGUAGAAUGUCCUUACUGAAGAGCUCAGUGACUUUCAACGUGGCACCGUCAUAGGAUGCCACCUUUCCAACAAGUCAGUUUGUCAAAUUUCUGCCCUGCUAGAGCUGCCUCGGUCAACUGUAAGUGCUGUUAUUGUGAAGUGGAAACGUCUAGGAGCAACAACGACUCAGCCGCAAAGUAGUAGGCCAAACAAGCUCACAGAACGGGACCACCGAGUGCUGAAGCGUGUAACGUUUAAAAAUCGUCUGUCCUCGGUUGCAACACUACUGACUUCCAAACUGCCUCUGGAAGCAAUGUCAGCUCAAGAACUGUUCUUCGGGAGCUUCAUGAAAUGGGUUUUCAUGGCCGAGCAGCUGCACACAAGCUUAAGAUCGCCAUGCGCAAUGCCAAGGUCGGCUGGAGUGGUGUAAAGCUCGCCUCCAUUGGACUCUGGAGCAGUGGAAACCCGUUCUUUGGAGUGAUGAAUCACGCUUCAGUCGCUGGCAGUCCGAUGGACGAAUCUGGGUUUAGCGGAUGCCAGGAAAACGGUAGCUGCCCAAAUGCAUAGUGCCAACUGUAAAGUUUGGUGGAGGAGGAAUAAUGGUCUGGGGCUGUUUUUCAUGGGUCGGGCUGAAGGGAAAUCUUAAUGCUAUAGCAUACAAUGACAUUCUAGACUAUUCUGUGCUUCUAACUUUGUGGCAACAGCAUGUGGAAGAACUUGACUGGCCUGCACAGAGCCCUGACCUCAACCCCAUCGAACACCUUUGGGAUUAAUUGCAACGCCGACUGCAAGCCAGGCCUAAUCACCCAACAUCAAUGCCUGACCUUGUGGCUGAAUGGAAGGAAGUCCCCGCAGCAAUGUUCCAACAUCUAGUGGAAAGCCUUCACAGAAGAGUGGAGGCUGUUAUAGCAGUAAAGGGGGGACCAACUCCAUAUUAAUGCCCAUGAUUUUGGAAUGAGAUGUUCGACGAGCAGGUGUCCACAUACCUUUGGCCACAUAUCCUAUAAUUCUGUAUGUUUUGUGUGAUUGUAACAUGUAUACAGGUAGACCAGAGAAGCCAUCCCUGAUUGGCAGAUGACCAACUACACUGAUUAGAAGCACCUGAACGGUGCUCACCUGUGUUCCCUAGAAAAGUUGUUCCUGAUUGUAAGAUUUGAACCUGCGCACUGAAGGCAAAAGCCAAAACAUCGGUGUGUGUGUGUGUUAUUCUCCUAAUGCACUAAAAUAAUAAAAUAUGAAGUAAGCUCUAUGCGACAUCUCUCUUUUUACCUAUGGGAAUUCAACUAGUACAAGUACUUUCGUGUAAAUAUUAGAUUUAAUUCUACUAUCCCUGUGUUUUAGGAGCUGAACCGGAUGAGGUCCCGCAGUGUGUCCCGUCGAUCGGCCCCGUCUGAGAGUGCUGUGGAGGGGACCCUGUCCAGGAUGAGGAGCAGGAGUGCACAUAGAGAGAGGGGCCGACAGAGCUGGGUGAGUCAUGAUGCUCGGUUUCCAUGCACACGGGUAUAAACACACACAAAUCACCUAAUUUCUGACUCAAAGCUAGACGUGUUUCAGAAAUGAGCUUUUGCUACAGUGAAAUUACACUGCUUCAACAUGGUAACAAUUGGAGCCCCAUCGGUUCUAUGUUUAAUCAUUAUUUGGAAAAAAUGUAAUGUUGUGUUACAGUAGGGUGGAGUAGGAAUGCAGUUAGUUCACUGGGAGAGUUGAGUGCUAUGCGGAGCACUGGGAGUAAUGAGUUGAUGAGUAAUGUGAAAGGCAUGGUCUUUCUCUCUCACUCAUCUCCACCCUCUUUUACCACACAAAGCAGAGAAAUUGAGGCCAAAUAUGUUCUCAGGCCUGUAAUUCAGGAUUGUGAUUAGUCAAAGAGUUAAUAAGUACAUAUGCUGCUCACUUUGACACCACCCUGUUUGCAUAGCUGAAGAAAGGCUCUUCUGUGAAAUUGGCCAUAGUGAUAUUGAUAUUCCUUUUAUUUUAAUAGAAAUGUGAGUUAUAGAUCUGUCAUUAUUAUUGAAAGCAAGUUUAAGAAGCGGUAGAUCUGUUCUAUGUGCGCAAUUUCUAUGCUUCCCAUUUAAGUUUAGUUUUUCCUUUUACUUUCGGUUUUGUACACCAUCUUCAAAUAGCUGAAAAUACAAUAUCUUUGGUUAUAGAAAAUAUAUUUCACAGCGGUGUAGAUGGUACAAUGAUUCUCUACACUAUACUUGCUUGUUUUGUAAACUGACAUUAGGCGAACUAUUAGAAUUUUAGCAACCAGGAAAUGGCGGAGCGAUUUCUGCAUAGUGCAUCUUUAAGCACCUGUCUACAUAUCAGCCUGUGCUACAAAGGAUUCCAUCCAGAGACUAAGCAAAUGCCAGCUACACGUUUACAUCGGCCCAAGUGUAAAUGGCCGAAAGUGAAAUGUUUAUAAGCAUACCAUACCAAUACAUUCAUUAGAUCAGAAGAAAUUGAACGGAAAAAAUGCAGCUUUGAUUUGAUAAAGCAAGGCUGUGCUGCAGCAGUGGGCUGUCCUCCUCCAAUGAGCCGUCACUGUGUUACUCCAUGAUGAGUUUCUGUGUGUUUCUGUCACCACCUGCUGGUCUGUGGUUGGUGUGUAAUACAAUAUGUUGAGAGCCUGAGUGGUGCUGCAAUUACCAGGGAUUCAGGCUUUCCUUUAACCGGUAAUAGCCGGCGUUUGGCAAAUUGUUAUUUUAUUAUUAUUAAAAGAAAUGCCACCGGGAGCAGAAGAAGAAAAAAUCCCAGUUGCGAAAUAAUGCUUUUUAGCCUAUUCAUUGAUGGAAAUACCAGCCGAUGGAAAUACAUUUGACUGGUCAUGCUUAUCGGUCUAUAGGGUAAUUUGCAUUAUUUAGUGGAAUUAAAUUGGGGCGUGUGUACAGUAUAUUUGUUAUGUAUCUUAUUUAUCACACGCAUACAGAGCCUUUGAGCGGAUAAUCUGUCAGACAGUGCGAGAACUGCUGCUACAUCAUCCCAAACAGCAAAUUCAUAGGCAACGGAAGGCAGGCUUCAUCAGUGCAUCACGCAGCACUUUGCAAUGAGCUGGAGGCAGUAUGCAUUUUGAAAACAUACUUAAUUGUUUAAAACCUGAACGUUUUACUACAUAUUAUGUCUUACCUUGCUUCAAAGUAGCCUAGCCAAAAUCAGACCAUAUCUGUGGAGGCAAUUAUUUUAUAAACGCUUUCUUUCAUUGCUCAGUAGCCAAAGGCACAAUCCUAGUCAUAUUAGCAAGCAGCCCCAUGCUAGUUGUUGCAUAUUAGAUCUCCCCUCUUUCUAAUGGAUAUUUUCAUCUCUCACAUGAAACCGCUCGCAUGCGGUGUGCUUUUGACAAGUGUUUUCCAGCUAAUAGCGUUAUGGAACAAACCUUCAGGAGUAGCCUAGCCUACUGCCUUGUGCACAUUGCUGUGCUAAUAAUGUUAAGAAAUAAUAGUUUAUCAACAUUUUAAGCUAAAUGUUCGGAUCUGUUGUAUCAGGUUCAUUGUUUUUUAACGUUAUUUUGUUUAAAUGUAGCCUACUGGUUGGAGGAAUGUGGGAUCUAUCAUCCCAUAACUGUCCCAGAGUCCGUUUGGAAUAGGCUAUUUCUUUCUCCACAAGCUGAGCAAGAGAAAAGGUAAACUUUUCUACUGUGGGGGAUAGUAGAUUGACAUAGGUUAAUGAUUUUGCUGUUCGUUACUCGUCUUGUUGGCUGAGGGAAAGUAAAUGUGGACAGUUAUUCUAACAUCUUCAAAGUGCGCAUCAGAAUUAGGUAAGAAGGACCUCACAUCGUUGCAUGUUCUGUUAAUAUGAGUUACCAUAAUCUACAUGUGAUUUCUGUCCUUCUGAGCACCGUGGGUGGACGCCCUAAUCAGGUUAUGCACCCAAUGCACAUGGGUCCGGUACAUUUCUCAAAUGUCCUGUAAAUUAAAAUGCUGCCAGUCAAAUGUCCGGCAGCACAUUUUCCCAGUGGAAACCCUGCAGGGAUUCUAGUCUUUAAUUGUGUAGAGCAACUGGAGACACAAGUGUGAAAUACCUGGUCUAGAAUGAAUUAUUGACAUAACACCUACACCUUUUCCCCCAAGUUAUAUAAUUUCUGUUUGGGGGAACAAGGAGAUGCAUUAUAGAUGGGGAAUUCCUUUUCUGUCAGCACGUGUCAAUGACUCGAUGUCGCUUUCUGUUGUGAUAGUGUUUUUCUGUAUCAGUAUGGAGGUUUAAGCCUAGUGUGAGAGUGCACUAUGGAACUAUGGGAAAUGUAUGUAUAUCUCUCAUGAGAUCACAGUGGUAUGAUUACAUCAUUACUAAUGGCAUGGUUAGAGAGGGCAGAGGAAGAGAAGAGAGGGGAGAGGUAAAGACGGAGAUGGUCGCCAGGUUCAGAGACAUGUUGUACUACAUGAGGCUGUUGUGCUGUCUGAGGCCUCUACACUGGCUGUGGGUAAGUGAUGGGAGAUCGUUAAAUCAGAGCAAGGAAGCAAGUAGGGCUAUGAAUUGACAAGGACCUCACAAUAUGAUAUUAUCAUGAUACUUAGGUGCCGAUAUAUGUAUUGCGAUUCGAUACUGCGAUUUUAUUUCCGAUUUGAUGUUCCAAACAUAUUGCUCACUAUAUGUCUGCUGCAGAGAGACAAGAGACAUAAUGAGAAAAUGAGUUUUGAUCAGUCAUGGAAAUAAAAGUGCUGAAAACAUGUUGGCUCACUAUUUAAAAAGAAGAUGGGGGAACAAGCUAUAGGAUGAAAAAUACCAGCGUUUUGGCACAGGUAGAGUCGACUAGCACUAGCUAACCCUAGCUAGCAAACAAAAAAACGAUACUUGGAGUCAAGGUAUCGAUAUAUCAUCCAAAAUAAUAUUGCAAUAUGUAAGUGUAUUGGGAGCAAGGGAGAGGACAGACUAGAAUAGACAGAACUGAAGACAUUAGGUCUGCUUCCCUUUGUGGACUCUCUUUAGAGGUGACCUGAGGGCCUUCGUAUAGCUAGGAAUGUGUGGCUACUGGCUAUUAUAUGUUUGAACGAAGCAAGUUAUAAUAGCCCCAUAUAUGCUUUGUCACCGUGGCUGGUUGUGCUUCAAGUGUGACUUCAUCAUUAAAACACUGGGUGAUGCGUAUUUGAGUCAUAUGUUUUGCUGGACAUUUCUUAUUAGUUAUUUUCCUUUAGUAAAACCAUUUUCUCCAUAGUCAGUUAGUGUUGAUGAAACUUGAGUCUGUAUGUUUGUGGCAAGAACUGUGAUUUCUAGCUAUAGAAUGAUUCCAGGAGGGUUUUAGAUCAAUGUUCCUCAGAACUAUUCUCCAGACGCCCACCAGGGGGCACAGUUUGAGGUGCCACGGUUGUCUUAUAAUAAUAAUAAUAAUAAUAAUAAUAAUAAUAAUAAUAAUAAUAAUAAUAAUAAUAAUAUGCCAUUUAGCAGAUGCUUUUAUCCAAAGCGACUUACAGUCAUGUGUGCAUACAUUUUUACGUAUGGGUGGUCCCGGGGAUCAAACCCACUACCCUGGCGUUACAAGCGCCAUGCCAAUUGAGCUACAGAGGACCACAAACACCACAGUAUCCAACAUAACCUCAGUAAGUUAUAGAGUAUCUUACUUACUCACUAAGGCUUAACUCAGAGAGAUGACUCUGGUAGGUACGGUGGAGUUCUGAAAGGGGAAAGGAGAGAGUUCUCUGACCUGACAUGCAGUUUGCAUGAGUCAGAGAGCCAUUUGUUAGGCAAAUUCUCUGACACACUGUCGUGAUUCCUCUCUUUAGCCAUGAGCUCACUGUGUGCUGCUGACAGACAACCACAAUCCCAACUCUCACACACAGCCACACCUGUCUCAUCCCUUCUCUCUUUCUCUCAGGCAUGCGUUCUCUAUCUAUUUGAAGGUAUAGGCUCAACAACAUAAACAUCUCUUAGUUCCUAUCACUAUCACACACAUUCCCCAUCCCUCCUGUCUUUUCUUCCCACCCCCUCCGCCCUGUGCCAAGUGCUGACUAUGCCUGUGAGAAUUCUCUCUUGCACUGCAAGCAGAAACAGGCAAGAGAGACGGAGCACUGCAGAACAUAUCACCCUCCUGCACUGCAAAUCCGGGCCCUCCCUCUAUCCCCUCCUCCCUCCCUCUAUCCGCUCCUCCUCCCUCCCUCUAUCCGCUCCUCCUCCCUCCCUCUAUCCCCUCCUCCCUCCCUCCCUCCCCUCCUCCCUCCCCUCCUCCCUCCCUCCCUCCCCUCCUCCCUCCCUCCCUCCCUCUCUCUAUCCCCUCCUCCCUCCCUCCCUCCCUCCCUCCCUCCCUCCCCUCCUCCCUCCCUCCCUCCCUCUCUCUAUCCCCUCCUCCCUCCCUCUAUCUCCUCCUCUAUCCCUGCCUCCUCUCUCUCUCCCCCUCCUCCCUCCCCUCUCUCCCCUCCUCCCUCCCCUCUCUCUCCUCCUCCCUCUCCUCCUCUCUCCCCUCCCUCACUCUGUUCCCAAGGUUUCUCCUUGAGCGUGAGUCCUGUAGUGCUGGGGACUAGGAGCAAGAGACUGACGCAUUAGUCCUCUACCUGCCCAUACUUGCAGGGGAAGAGGAAGGCAAGGAGAGGGCGCUGGUCUCGUUUAGUCUCUUCUGGGUUCAACUUUAGCAUCACAAUCUCCUCUCCUGUUUGUGCUUCUAUAUCCACGGCGCUGCUCUGCUGUUGGUGUGCUGGGUACUCAGCGGGAAUAGGAAUGAGUACAGCUCUCCCUCAGUCUGCCUGACACCAGCUGUUCUCUCCUGGACUGUUGUUUUCCUGUAAAGUUUUCCACCAGGAUGACGACAGCAGCGUGGACACUAUGGAGAGGUAG